UGCAUUUAGAAAUACUAUGUACGUCUUGAUCUCAACACGCCAACGCAAAAUGAUGGUUUUUAAGCUUUUCAAAAACAGUCUACUUCAUUAUUUGAGUUUAUUGCUUGUUCUUCAAGGAUCAAUGGAAUUUGUUGUGGGUAAAGUUGCUCCUAAUGAAACUACACUUAUCUUUUAUUAUGGACCUCAAUUUGAAGAUUCAAUGCGUUACGAACUCUCAGAUGCAACUGAAAUCCUUAAAAAUCCUCACUUUAACGCCAAAGGCCAAAUCCAUUUGUAUUUACAUGGAUUUAAGGAAUCACAAGAUUCCGAAAGUGUUCAUAUUGUUGUUGAGUCUUAUUUGAAGCGAAAGGACAUCAAUAUAAUUACCGUCGAUUGGGCUAAGGCAGCUGGGGAACAAUAUGUUGAAGCUGCUACAAAAAAUAUCGAACUAUUGGGCGUGGCCUUAUCAGAAGUUAUUAUGAAGUUAUAUAAUGCUGGUAUAGAUCGAAAGAACUUAAACGUGGUGGCACAUUCUCUUGGAGCUCAACUUGCUGGAAAAAUUGGACGCAACAUCAUAUUAAAGUCAAAUGGAACAGACAAAAUUUAUCGAAUGGCAGUUCUGGAUGCAGCGUUCCCUCUGUUUUUCCCAGGCUUCUUACAAACCGUAAAUAAAAAUGAUGCGGAAUUCCUUCAAGCCAUCCACACUGACAUUGGAACCUACGGUCAGCCAUUUACCAUAGGUCAUGUAGAUUUUUGGCCUAAUGGCGGUCGACAAGGACAGCCCGGAUGUCCGCAAGGAAUUAUUAUUCCAUUGAGUAAAGAAGAUCUUUGCAGUCAUCACAGAUCAUGGAGAUUUUGGGCAGAAAGUGUUGCUGAUGUAAAUGAUUCCAGUCCGAAGUUUUUGGGAUUUCCAUCGGGGACUUAUUUACAAUUUUUGGCAGCAGGUAAAGGGAAUUUAAAAAAUAAACCUGUUGAAAUGGGAAUCAAUUGUCCAAUGAGUGCAAGAGGAAAUUACUAUCUCAAAACCAAUAGUCAAAGUCCAUUUGCCCGAGGAAUGGAUGGUUAUUAAAAAUUAAUUAAUUUAUUUAAAUAUUAUAAAGACUUAAGGUGUUUUUGUACAAUUUGUGGAAGACUGUAGUUUUUACAAAUACAAUCAUAUGUAAAUAUAAAAACCGUGAAAAUAA